AUGGAGACCUCGAGCCCAUUACCAGACACGCAAGUGUCCUUGCUGAGAGCUAUUGACGGUAGUCACCUUAGAUGGUCCGACUUUCGAAUGAUCGUCCUCAGUGCAUUUCGAAUCAUCUUCACCGAUAGUCUCCAGCUGUCUGAAUUGUCACGCCCUUUCUCUGAUAGAUUGAGGCCGUGCCUGCAGAAUCUUGACCGGUUUAACAAUCAAGAGUCAGAAUGGCGGAUGCAGGUAGCGAGUAAUAAGGGAUUUGGAUCGUCAAUGGUGUUCCCUCCCAACGUCCUCCCAACGACCGGUGUCAACCUCACCCUCCAUCGAUCCCUGGCCCCAAAGCUCAACCGAGAGGCACUCCCACCGCGGGCCGUCAAAGCCCAAGAGAGUUUGUUCGAGCUGCCUGUCCCUCGACCGGGCCUCCUUACUGGCUUUACCACGCAAGCAUUCAAUGAGAGGGAGUUGUCGGUUUUGCCGCACUGCACAUCAGCAAUAGGGACAAUUGUCGAUUUCGAAUCGGGCACCGUGUCCCCGGGAACAACCACCUACUGUCCGUUCCUUGUCUUUGAACGAAUGAACACUACUUCGGAAGAUGCUGUACAGUCUGCAAAGAAUCAGUGUGCCAUUGCGGGUGCCCACUGCGUUCGGGCCUUACAGCUUUUAUUCAGGAAAUGCACUGGCCCUCGUCCGGUCUUUGAAAAACCGAUAUCAUUUUCUUGUGCCAUCAACAACUCCACUGCCCUUGUCUAUUAUCACUACGUGGAUGGUGACGGUCGCUACUGUAUGUCGGAACUCUCCAGGUUCAACCUCGAUGACGCGGGUGCUUUCAAAGAAUUUCAGGGAUGGAUUGAAGCAAUUGAAGAUUGGGGAUCGACGUACCUACUGCCCGUCAUUAAGAUUGCUUUGAGACAACUCCUCAAGAGCCAUGGGACUCCACCAAUAUCACCCAUGCCGUCACUCACCUUAUCAAUUGACACUGCUGCGGGAGGCGAGGAGGUUCUGAUGAAGGUCCUCCGCUCCACUUUCGGCGCCAUCAAAUGGAAAUGUGAAGGAGAAUGCGAAACUCCAUUGAACAGUAGCAUAGCUCAUUGUGGCACACCACUAGGCGCUCGGAAAAUAAGGACCCUGGCUCUCUCGCCCACCUCACCGGUUGACAUAUUGGGUGCAGUCUCUGGACCCACCACACCAUUUUCCGUGUGGCGGAUGAGGCCCGACUGGUCCAGCAGGUCCCCUACCGCGCGAAGACACCCUCUUUCACCAUUGAAACUUCGAGCUGAUAUCCCCGACUCUCCAUGCCGGAGGGCUACUCUUUCUCCGUGCACCCCUCCUCCUGAAGCGCCCAACUCGGCACAGUCCCCGAUGCUCGUUUUACAGAAGAGAGUUAAUUUGGCUAUGGAUGAAAUCCAAGAACUGAGGGCUCUGGUGCAAACACUGCAGGGUGAACUCGAGUCGAAGAACAAUCAACUCGAGUUGCGCAGCAAGACCGCCGACAGUAUUACCAGCGAAACAUGCAAGGACGCCCCAAGUACUCCGACAGCCGGAAGUGCAAUCACUUUGACAGGUCGCCUUGAAAGGAGCAUUUUUCCACUCACCCGCCCGCCAUUCAACCAGAUUGCUGCAAGCCUCUUGUUCUCCCGGCUGCAUUUGCCUUGGACUCUGUUUUUAUUCUUGCUCGUCUUGGUUGUCCUAUCCCAUGACAUAUUCGAGACGGCCUUUCACCUGGUGCAAACACCAGGAACCGCGUUCGUCUGA